CUUCAACAUGCCUAUGUACCAUUUUGAACUUGCUAUUAAGCUCACCCAAACCCAGAAGAUGGCUUUGGUCAACAAGAUCACAGACUGGCACGCAACCACGUUCAGGUCACCGCGGUUCAUUGUCAAUGUUCGUUUUAUGGACGUGGCCCAAGCCAACUUGACGGAUACCUACAUUGGCGGCGAACAGAGACAAAUCAACCGCCUCUUUGUCAGUCUCCGCAGUGGUGGUGGCCGCACCCAAGAGCAGCUGGAGGGCAUGGCCGACAAGCUAGAGGAUCUCUGGAAUGAGGCCGUCGGCAAAGGCUCUAUUGCGACGCAACUCAGGCAAAUUUUCAUCAAGAGAGAAUUGGACGUUGCAAAGGAAUCAGGAUUCCAUCUCCCUCUGCCUGGUGGCUUUGAGCAAUGGGUGAAGGAUAACACGGAUGAGUUGAAGCGUUUGGCGGCAGAGGGCGACCCUGAUGCGGCACAAGUUGUUGAAGAGAUCAAGGUCAGGCCCGAGUUUCAGAAAUAAAAGAAGGGAUUGCUAGGUGACAGACAUUCUGGGAAGGAAUGCAGCUUUUGAUGGCUACCAUUAGCCUUGUAUGGUAGCGAAGGAGUAAGCUAUGGCUAUAACGGCGUCUUCCACUAUAACGAGGCUUGAAAGGAGUAGACG